AUGUCCGACGGUUCAGUCACACCGCCGUAUGGCACACCUCCAGAAACAAAGAUGAUGGGAGCAAACAGUAGACGCUACAACAAGGGCGGCGGCGAUAACACCGGAAACGUCCUUACUGGAAAGCAAGAGCACUAUCUCAAACGCGAACUCAUCUCCCGCCAAACCAAAUCCGAAAUCGCAGAACUAAACUCCCCAACCGCUCUCCGUCGUUUUGGCGCACCAUUCAAAUCGGAACUCGGCGAGGUAUCACCUACGGAUUCAGAUUUACCAAUCCUUAGAUUUAUAUUCGUCCACCAUGUGCGCAAGUUCCCAUUUCUCGACCAGGCGAAGGAGAAGGAGUUUUGGCAGGAUAAGCUGCAAGUGUUCCUAGAAUCUUUCGCCACCAAACAAAUUUCCUCGUCUGAAGACCGCCUGGAAGAAACAAAACGCAGGAAGCUAGCCUUAAAAUGCGAGAAAUUAGUAGAACUUAUGAUGAACUCGGGUAUCCCAACUGCUUCGGGUUACGAAGAGCGUGUUAGCUUCGAGGAAAUUGAAGUAGUCGAUCGAGACGCUAGGGACGAGUCCUUGAUGGUCAACGUACCGGAGGGGCAUGUACUCAACGGCUGGGAUGUCAAUGUUGUUAGUGUGCGACAAACGUCAGUGAAGAGAACUGUGCGAUAUCAUACGCACGCUGAAUUCUUAAUACGUAGCAAACAUGAAAAACACGGCGAGGUGCUCGUGGGAAGACGAUAUGGCUCUUUCAAACAGCUGACAAGAGACUUGAAAAAAGAGUUCCCAGGAAAGGUCUUCCCGCCACUGCCCAUUAAAACGAAGGCUUCCUCUGGAGGGUCUACCGGCCUCCUCACUCCAAGCGGUGCAAUCAAAGAUGACGAUUCUAGCUCAAUCUCGUCUGUUUCAACUAUCGCAUCAACCGAGGUAUCCUCACGCAGAUUAUCCGCUCCAUUCUCCCACUCUCGCUCCACCUCCGCAAGUAGGAAUUCGAGGUCGGCAUCGAGAAAUCGCAAUAGUUUGACUUCAGAACGAGGAGACUCGCCGCCUCAAGAGAACUCAGCGCCGCUAUGGAGGGAGGAUCAGCGGGUGUCAUUACGCGCGUACAUUCGAAAUCUAUUGAAGAACCAACAGAUUGCGACCUCUGCAGCCAUGAAAACCUUCCUAACAGAAUCUCCACUCAAGUUAAAUAGGGAGGAGGAGGCAGAUGAACAGCGGAGAAGGCAGGCAGAUCAGGCGAGAGUUGAUGAACAAAUGAGGUUUUUUGAAAUCGCUAGAUCUAGAGCCCGUGAACUCGAUGCCUAUAUGGAAGGGUUCAGGAGAGAGAUUGUUGAAGCUAAUGGCUUGACAAACCUAUUCGCGGAGAUCAAGGAGAAGAACCAUAUCUCUGAGCUUUCGCCCAACUACCAAAAGUUUGCAGAAUGGGCUAGAAUAGAAGUCGCCGCAACAAUCUACCAUCUUUUCCUCGCUGAGGAUAACUCUCCAGAGUUAUUCGCGCAGAUGAAGAGAAUACACUCGCUAAUACCAUACGCCGUUCUUAAGAAUAUUAUUCGUAUUGCCAAUCCCGCAGCAGUUAUGUCUGGGGUCCUCGACCUUUUCCUCGCCCAACCCUUUAAAUCACGAUCCCUAAUGCAGCGAGUCUUCGGAAUGGCAAUUUCAGACGGUGUAAACCAGGUACAAAAAGCCAUCGACGCUUUAUGGCCCAAAGUUGGCGACGCUGUACUCUGCGAUAAAAUCAAACAAUUCGCUGAAGCUAGCGACGAUGUACGAGAGAUUGUUAGGGAGGAUGCGGCGGCCGACGAUGUGGACAUCUUAGUUGCCAUCCUCCGGUCCGAGUUGCUGGAACCCGAACUUUCGCCUGAGCAAAUCGGCACCGUGUUUAAUGCCUAUGUCGCCUGGACGAACGCCGUUAACAACGUCGACGACGAGAUGCGACAAGGCGCGGUGCUAUUUUCACACUUGAAACAACUGUUGAAGCUGUAUACCAGACGUCGGGAUAAGAUGAUGAUGCAGGCUUUGAUUGAAGAGCCGGUUACGCUACAGUUGUUCAGGGAUUUGUUCCAUAUCUUUUAUGAACCGUUGGUGAGGGUUUAUAAAUCCGCGAAUGUGUAUAACAGUAUUACGGACUUUGCGCACUUCUUGGAUGAUAUCAUUGUGGUUGUGGAGAAGGCGCAGAAGCAAGACCUAGCAUCUGAUCCCAACAAGACAGUACAAGCAUUCAUUGAUCUCUGCGCCCGACACGAAGACAAUUUCUUCAAAUUCAUCCACGAAGUACAUCUCCACGACAACGGACUGUUCUCGUCGUUAAUGGGAUGGAUCGAGGAUAUUCUCGCAUUCCUACGUAACGGACCGAAGCGCGGAGCGUUGGAUAUGAACAAGUUAUUCGAAGAUGCAGUUGAGCAAAAGGUUAUUGAUUCGGCCAAGGCGAAGGCGGAGAUUGACAGUCUUAUCAAAUGGCAAUUUGACAGGAAGAGAUGGCAUGAAGGCAAGACAAGGCAGAAGAUGGCCAGUGGACGGGAUAAUUGGUCAGAGACAAAGCCAGGAGGGUUUAGUGUGUCUGAUUUUGGAUUGGAGCCGGAGGACCUGGCGGAUCUUGCGAUUGACGAUGCGGAGAUGGAUGAAGAUCUAGCGUUUGAAGAGGAAUUGGAUGAUGCGGAUUUGAUUGCAGUUGAGCAGAAGAGGAGGAAUCGGCAGGCUGAGAUAUUGAGACGGACUGCGGGACAGCCUGUGAAGCCGCCGAUCGAUGAAUUGCACAAGAUGGGGGAUGUCUUCCUUGUGGCAUUGAAGAAUGUGCUAUCAGAAGAUUGA